CCUGUUAAUCUUUUGGCAGUUCAUACUUUCCUCCUCUGGCAUAAAAAGCUAUGAUCAGGCAAUACCAGCCAGGAAGAGGAGCAACAGAAACAAUUCAUAGAUUUUAGUGCCAGAAGGGAUCAGUGUGAUCAUCUAACCUAAUCUGACUUCCUCCAUAACACAGGCCAUUGAUUUUCACCCAGUAAUUCCUGCAUAAAGUCCACAGCUUCUGGUGCUAGAGUAUAUUUUUUAGGAAGACAUCCAAACUCGAUUUAAAGACUUCAAGUGAUGGAACAUUCACCACAUCCCUACGUAGGUUGUUCCAAUAUUUAAAAUCUUUUGCACGAGAGAGAGUGUCCUAACCUUCACUUGAAUAAAAUACAUAGCUUGAGCUUCAUAAGGCUCUCUCACCAUAAUGCAGAAUUUCCAGACCUCAAGUAAGCGCAUUAGUGCAGCAACUGAGUCUAUGUGCCAAAUUCCACAGUCCUUACUACUCCUGACUUCAGCGAUGGCUAUAUUACAGCUCAUGUUGCUCAGGGGUGUGAAUUAGGCAUUGCUCUUAUUUAUUAAGCUUUGGUUGCCAGUCAGGGAACAGAAACAAUGCCAUAUUAGGAGACUAGUAAAGUUAACUCAAAUACCAAAUAAUCAUAAUCAUAAAGAAUCCAUAGGUUGACAUCAGUUUGCUUAAGCUAUUUGGCAAACAAUUAUGAAUAGUGUCUACGUUUAUAGAAGACAACGGUAAAGGGAACUACAUUUACCAACUAUAUGAUUUAUCCUGAAUUGUUGUCUAGCUCUACUGAAGAGCACACCUAAGUAUGGUUAACAGGUCUGGUAGAAUUUUCAUCACAGUGCCCAGCAUUGUACACAAUUUCCAUUAAGAAUGUCUUCCUCUCUGCCUGUACAGUGUCUUCCACAAUGGGUCCUCAGCCUGAGUGGGGCCUCUGGGAACCACCGUGAUACAAAUAAUAAACAGGGCUUGUGAUCAGAGUUUACAAUCAAAUUGUACACCUUCGGAUAAACUGAGCUGCUGUGGAGGCAGAGUGCUCAGCCUCUUGUUUAAAAGGGAGUACAUUGCAUUCCAGCUCUGUCGAAUGACUCUUGGCCAGAUAAUGCUGAUGGGCCUUGAACAUAGCCAUGUCUGUCUCCCGUGGCUAGAGGAAGGAUUGCCAUAAUAUAGGGCAUACAGGCUGAUGGAUAAGUAGAGAAGGCAAAUUAAGUAAUGCAUAGAAUGCUGGCACCCCCAAAGAAUCUCUCCCAGCAAAAAACAGAACAAAACCCACAGGAUCACACUAUGACAAACAUUUAGGUUUGACCUCAGAUGAAAUAAGCACUUAAAUCUUCACUUCCUUACUAAAUCAUUAAUUUUAAUACCUCUCUCUUUUACUUCCAGGUCAUUCUGUCUCCUUUGUUGUUAGUUUUGAUGUGUUAUUCUCAUUUUUACGUCUAAUGUUGUUUUGUCUUUUCUACUAUUGCUCUUUAGUCAUACUCUUUUGCUUUCAUAAGUUCCUGAUAACAAAUAGCAUUUUGUAAAUAUGGUUAACUGCUAUUCUGAAGGAUCCCAAAGUGCUUUAAAGAAUUUCACAAGUACGGUAGCUAUUCUAUCUUAGCAACAUUACACAACAGUGUCACAGGAGAGGAAUGAAGAAUAACUUCUAGUAAAACUAAAUGGGGAAUUUAUGUAGGCAGAAUGUAAUGAUCAAAACUGGAAUUCAGUCAGGCCACAGGAACAUACCCCUAGUCUUGUGGAAUAAUUCCAUCUGAUGUUUAAUUUACCAUAAAUGGUCCGAGCCUUCAUUUCCCCCCUCAUCGUGAAGACAUGUAGUUCAUAUUUCCUAAUUUUUUUAUUCUACUUACUCUUGAUCUUCCUCUUUACGCACCUUCACUUCCUGUUUUGUAGGGGCUUGUGUAAAGAUAACCAUGUGCCGCAACCUUAACAUUGGAAUAGUCUCUGUAAUCAUCAUAAUACUUUUUUUGGAUUUACUUUCCGAUGGAGAAGUAUUUCAUGCCAACCACUCAGUAGGAGACGUUUUAUCUAUAUGGCUUAAAAGAAUGUCCUGAAGGCAGAUUUUGUGCCCGUCUACAAGGUAGAAGACCACUUAGGAAAGUGCACAUUCUCUUAACGGCAUCACUACACGAGAAGCAUCUACUUAGUUGCUAGUGCUGAUUCUUCAUUUCUGCAAGUAAAUAUGGCUACCGUGCCCCAAAACCUGUUCUUCUUACUCCUCCUGAUUCAACCUGAGUUUGGUCUCUCCACUCGUCAUCAAUGGGUUUCGAAGGACCUACCUUGUAAAAUAAAAGCAAAACAGAACAGCUCCUCGAUUCUCCUUGAUUGUAGUAAACAAAAGCUGAGAGCAGUCCCUCAGGAAAUAUAUAUAAAUGUUACUGGCUUGAUUUUGUCUUUCAACUGGAUUGAAGAGAUUUCUAAAGAGGAUUUUCAGAACUUUAAGGACCUUAUAUUUUUUAAAUUAAACUGGAACUGGCAUGUUAAGCCAAAAGAAUCUAUUUUUGAUUUGUCUCCAAAACCUUUACAAAUACUAGAUGCAACUUUUUCAAACUUAAGACAUUUAAAGGAAUUACAUCUUAAUGGCAAUCAGCUAAUCAGAGUGCCUGCAGGGAUUUCACCUAGCAUUACUUCACUAAGUCUAAAGUCCAAUAACAUUGUUACUAUUAGCAAGAACACCUUCAAAGAACUCACAAAAUUGAAGGAACUCUAUAUGGACCAGAACUGUUACUAUGGUAAUGUCUGUGAAAAGCCUUUCAACAUGGAAGAAGGGGCUUUUUCAGCCCUUACCAGUUUGACUGUGCUGUCACUUUCCUACAACAACUUGACCCGGGUGCCACCCAAACUGCCUGUGUCACUACAAGAACUUUAUUUGAGUCAUAACAAGAUAAAGAACAUCAGUCAAGAUGAUUUUAAGAAACUAGUUCAUCUAGAAGUUCUUGAUUUAAGUGGGAACUGUCCAAAAUGCUUCAAUACACCUUUUCCAUGUGAACCUUGCACUGGAAACGCCGCCAUUCAAAUACAUCCUCUGGCUUUCCAGAAUCUUAAGAAAUUAAAGACUUUGGUUCUAUCCAGCACAUCACUCACUAGUGUACCCGCUAUUUGGUUUCAAAACAUGCCAGAGCUAGAGGUGCUGCACCUUGCAUCUAACUUCUUAAUGAGCGCAAUAGCUACUGGAGAAUUCUUACGGAAUUUAUCUUCUUUAGAGGAACUUGACCUAUCGUUCAACUACCAGCAACAAAUAUACUCACGCUAUCUAACCCUCUCACCGUACUUUUCCUCCUUAGUAUCUCUAAAACGAUUAUAUAUUAAAGGUUAUGUCUUCAAAGAAUUAGAUAAACUCCACUUGGAACCUUUGUUUCCUCUGAGAAAGCUAAAUGUCCUGGACCUUGGGUUAAAUGUUAUUAAAAGAGUUGAUAUGUCUGUCUUUCAGGCUUUUAGGAACCUCACCGAAAUAUACUUGAAAGAAAACAAAAUAUUCCCACAAACAACAGAAAGUUUUUUAAAAUCAUUUAAGAAAGAGGAUUAUUUGAUCAAUUAUCAUCAGACCUUCGUGUGGAAACAGAAGUUGAACCCUCCUGCCAUAUAUUCUGAUAAAAAAAAGCAAUCAUAUUACUUCCUUAAACAGCUUUGUACCUCAUAUGGUACAGCCUUGGAUUUGAGUUUAAACAAUAUUUUCUUCAUUAACCCAUAUCAGUUUAAAGGCUUUGGCGAUAUAGCUUGUUUGAAUUUGUCUUCAAAUGCCCUGGGCCAGGCUUUCAAUGGCACUGAAUUAAUCUAUUUACCUAAUCUCAAAUAUUUAGAUCUCUCACGUAAUAAACUGGAUUUGACCAGUUACUCUGCAUUUAAAGAACUACCUAACCUAGAGGUAUUGGACCUUAGCUAUAACAAGCACUAUUUUCUAGUGACAGGUUUUGCACAUCAGCUACCAUUUACUGAAAACCUUCCUAACUUAAAAAUUUUAAACUUAAGCUGGAAUGACAUUUCUGCACUAACAACAUUUGAACUAAGGAGCGACUCCCUUCAAAAACUAGACUUCAAAGGAAACCACCUCGACAACUUAUGGAAAAAUGGAGAAACGAAUCACAUACAAUUGUUUAAGCAUCUAAAAAAGCUGACACAUCUUGACAUCUCAUACAACAGACUUCGAAAUAUCCCCACUAAGGCUUUCCAAAAUCUGCCUCAGAGCUUAACUAAAUUGUAUAUAAAUAACAACAAACUACAUACCCUUAGCUGGGAAAAUCUUAGAUACUUUAAAUCUCUGAAGUUGCUUGACUUAAGUCAGAACAAACUGAAGGCUGUUGAUAUUCAGUACAACUACACACAGUCCCUCCAGACUCUGCUGCUGAGGGAGAACAAGAUUUCCAGUAUUGUUGUUGGGUUGUCUGAGAGAGUCAGCAGCCUCCUGUACCUGGAUUUGAGUUACAACCAACUGCAAGUCUUAAAUCAGUCAACUUUCUUAUCAGGACUUAUACAACAUUUGAAGGUUUUAAAAUUAAAAGGGAACCCGUUUGAUUGCACCUGCAAAAACAACAACUUCAUAAGGUGGAUUCAGAAAACCAAAAUUCCGAUCUCACAAGUAGCAAGAAAUGUCAUUUGCAUGAAUCCUGAGGACCAAAGACAGCACAGCAUUCUCUUGAUUGACCUGCAUGCUUGCAUUCUGGAUAGUGUUGCAGCAAUAUUAUUUUAUAUUUCUUUCUUCACUAUUAUUAGCAUUAUGAUAAUAGCAGUUACUAAACAUUUAUUUUAUUGGGAUAUCUGGUAUACUUAUCGUUCUUGUAUGGCAAAAAUAAAAGGAUACAAGAAUAUAGCCACAGACAAAGCUCUCUAUGAUGCUUACAUAGCCUAUGAUACUCAGGAUGCGACAGUAACUGACUGGGUAAUAAAUGAGCUACGAUUUCGACUAGAGGAAAAUGGAGACAGGCACGUUCUGCUUUGUUUGGAGGAAAGGGACUGGGAGCCGGGAAAGGCUGUCAUUGACAACCUUGCACAGAGCAUCCAUUACAGCAGAAAGACGAUAUUUGUUCUAACCGAAAGAUAUGUGAAAAACUGGAACUUUAAAACCGCUUUUUAUAUCGCUCUGCAGAGGCUCAUGGAUGAGAAUGCAGAUGUGAUUGUGUUUAUUCUACUGGAGCCGGUGCUACAGCAUUCCCAGUACCUGAGGCUGAGAAGGAGGAUCUGCAAGAGCUCUAUUCUUGACUGGCCUAAGAAUCCGCACGCUGAAGGCCUUUUCUGGCAAAGACUAAAAAGUGCAGUGCUAACUGAUAACAGCAUUCGAGAUGAUGGGGUGUACAGUAUAUAGAAAGGGAUUACAACAGCUAGCUUUAGUUCUCAAAAAGUAACUUGUGAUUUUCAGUGUCUCAGUAUUUGGGUGCCAAAUUUUAAAUGCAUUAAAAAGAGUCCUAAUUUGGGGAGGGGUGUUGUUCAGCAUUUUCUGAAAAUCAGGCUGCUCCAAGUUAUCUCUUGCUGGACAACCAACAUCACUUGUCACCUUUGAAAACUUUGGGUGGUUUUCUUAAAGUUUUAUGAGGUGUACUCUAUGGUAAGUACUUGAAGUUUAAUGUACCUAUUAUACUGCUAUAUUGUACUGAAGAGAGUCUGCUUUACAAGAUUAAAGUAAAAUAGCUAAUAUAAAAUCACA